UGAAUUUCGAACAUUGUCGGCCAUAGAAGGACAAUACUCUCUGAAAACACCAUUGCCAAAGUCAGCCGAGACAUGCCAAUUGCCUGUAAUAUCUGCAUUGCCAUUAAAUUUAUAAAAUCACCAUUUACGCCAUAUCCAUCACCAUAUCUUAAUUCUGAGUGACGCGAAGUUCGCGUAUAGAGGGAAGUGAAUGGGCGGACUCAGGUCGUGGAAUGGCAGUGGUGACUGCCAGAACAAUGGUGGAUACUAAUGAAAGGAAGAAAACUAUCCAUCCCUUAUUUGGCAAACCGAACUCUUCAAACCCAGCCUCAACUUCACCGAGCGACCUGCCACAUACUGCACGACCAGGCACUGCCGAACCAAGCACACAUACUCCACCAUCAGCAUCGUUAGACAAUGUGCGCGACGAUGUGUGGCCUACACCCCUUGAACCUCACCCAGGGCAGUAUGAAGGGGCUGUUUUACCAACCACCACACAUCAAAAUAGUGAAGGUAUGGAGUCAGAUCUAAACGAAUCUCGACGGAAGAGACGAAAGACGAUACCGCCAGAGGACAAUAGUGGGCGGAAUUAUCAUUCCAAGCUCGAAAAUGCAGCGACCUCGAGAGGUUCGAACGGCACCCUCUCACCCUGUUAUGGAGCACUGGGAGAAGCACUUCACAAUGUUCCCGGCGGAUUGGGCUUCGAAAACGCUCAUGGAGCACCAUUCCAGACUCAUGGUUUUGAGGGCCAGGCGGAUUCCAACCUAAAUACAUUGGAGGCUAUCAGGCCCAAUACUAUAAACACCAUUGCGAAUGGAGAGCAAGCCACUUCGGAGCCGGUCGGAAAGCUAAUGGAACUUAUUACAUGCAACGAAAAGCCGAAGAAAAUACUUCACUUCAACAUAAAAACAGGCACAAUUGGCUCUCCACCCAAGCGGUCCAUCAAGGACCAGGCACCUUCAAAGGGCCGCAAAAAUCGCAAAUCGCUAGUUAUUACAUUGAAAUACGGGUCGGAUACAGGCACCCGGUUGAGUGUAGGGAACAAGAUCGACCACAUAUUGAGCGCUACCAAGCCAAUACAGGCCCCCCCGAAGCAGAAAUUUGAGGUCGAAGCUCGUCCCGUGAAAGCCAACAUAAGCAAAUCCCCACAUCCGUUUUUCCUUGGUAAAGCCGCGGAGAAGCCCAGUAGGAACGGAAGCAACAAUACUUCUACCGAGCCUACCGCAGCUGUCCCCCAACAGGCAGCCUUGUGUCGAGCGCCAGCAACAGGCCGCCCGCUUCACGCUCCCAGCUGCCCACCUCCCAACGCCAAUUCCUUCGCUGGUUUUGGAAACUCCAAUAGUCUCAUGAAGUUCCCGGGGGCAGUCGAACCAAUAUGGCCACCUAGCGGAAUGACCCAUAUCAGAGGUCUAGAGAAUGACCCCUCGCCGACUCCAGCGGCAGAUCCGUCGAAGUUGCUCAAAUCCGAAAAUCACAAAUCUAAAUAUACGGCUAGUGAGGCCACCGCCAACGAAGAUAUUCUAAAUGUUAUAGCCAUCAAGCUCGAAAUAAACGCUGUGCGAAAAGAUAGCGCUAAUCGCUUCAAUGCACCAGAUAGAUGCCUUCGUGUGCCAGAACGCCACUUUGAAUCGGGAUACAAGCUUCAGCGACGUAUCAGGCCGCAGUUAAAAUCUGCUGUGACCUCAGGACGCUUCACAGAUGAUUACAGUGAGGACGAACUUAGCAGAGUCAGCCCGGGCUCUUCUCCUCACCCAGUGAUCAAUAAGCUAUUUGGCAGCAUACCCACAACUCUAAGCGCCUUUGACAAAUCACAAUAUCAGACUCAGUCAUGGAUACACAAAUAUGCGCCACAUUCAGCAGCAGAGGUUUUGCAAAAUGGAAGAGAGGCUUUCAUACUGAAAGAAUGGCUACAAUCCCUGACUGUUAUUGCUGUUGAUACGAAAGUAACUGACUCCAGCAAUACUCGAGCCUCGCCUGGGCCUGUAAAGGCGGAAAAGGAUAGUGGAGGCAAGAAGAAGCGGAAGUCGAAGAAGCUGGAAGAUUUCAUUGUGUCUAGUGACGAUGAAGCCAACGAUAUGGAUGAAGUAUCCGAAUCCGACGAGGAAUCUCCACGAGGCGGCCUUGGCAGACCGAAAAAAACUGUUAUUCGACACGGUGAUCUGAAGUCGAUGAGCUCUAAGCAGCCAAACAAGCUCUUAAACGCAGUUGUGAUAAGCGGACCAAAUGGAUGUGGCAAAACUGCCGCUGUUUACGCUGUGGCAAAGGAACUUGGUUUCGAGGUAUUUGCGAUUAACUCUAGCAGUCGAAGGAGCGGCAAGGAUAUCCUUGAGAAGGUUGGAGAUAUGACAAGGAAUCACUUAGUGCAGCAAACGCAAGAGCAGAAAUCGGACGGUAGUGAAGACCUUCAACGCGCUUCGGAUGCUCUUGAUGCGGAUCUAAAGAGCGGUCGGCAAGGGACAAUGAAGACCUUUUUCAAAUCUACUGCACCAAAGGCUAAGGAGCCAAAAGCAAAAAAUGCAAAGCCAGGCUCAGAGAAUACUUCGCAUUCAACAGAUCCAACUCCAGCAAAAAAGCCAAAGCAACAGAAGCAGUCGCUGAUUCUCCUUGAAGAGGUCGAUAUUCUCUUUGAGGAAGAUAAGCAGUUCUGGGCGACAGUCCUGACCUUAAUAUCACAGUCUAAGCGACCAAUUAUCAUGACUUGCAAUGAUGAGUCUCUCGUUUUGAACCAACUUUUGCCAUUGCACGCAAUAAUUCGGUUUGCACCACCCCCUGUUGACCUUGCAGUCGAUUACAUGCUACUGGUGGCUGCAAACGAAGGUCAUGCCCUGAAGCGACCAGCAGUCACAGCUUUGUAUAAAUCGCAGAAGUUCGAUCUUCGAGCAACAAUGACGGAUCUCGAAUUUUGGUGCCAGAUUGGUGUGGGUGACCAAAGGGGUGGCUUCGAUUGGUUUUACCCCCGCCUGCCGGCUGGCAUCGAUAAAGAUUCCCAUGGCAACACUGUCAGGGUUGUGAGCGAGGACACUUAUAGGAAUGGUAUGGGCUGGUUAGGACGGGAUUCGUUGUGCGAUCCGUCCGGCAUCAACGAUAUCGAGGAGGAAAUCAUCAAGCAAACGUGGAAUGGAUGGAAACUCGACGCUGGAGACUGGUAUAAAACACUUGACCUUGGCUCAUACGCCGGCAAACCCGUCGAGCUCUCAAAGAGGAAACGCCUCAAGGCCCUUCAAUCAUAUGACAUCUUCACCGAUGCCAUGAGCGCCGCCGACCUCUGUGCUUCUGGCACACUAAACUCAUCCAACUACAUCCUCCUCGACACUACCGACCCUCCAAUAAGUGCCAAAUCCCUCGCCGACCUCCCUAUUGGCUCCGCCUUCCUUGCCGCCACUCCCCUCUCCCCACCCUCCCUUCCACUCGUCCUAUCAGGAACCCUCAAAUCCCUCGCCCGCUCCUACGCCAACAGCUCCCUCCCUCGCCCCAUUCGUACUGGCCUGUCCCCAGUCACCGAGCCCCAACUUCUCACCCACAUCACCCAGUCCCGCUCUUCCCCUCCAGGCUGUAUCUCAUGCGCCCACUACAGCCUAGCCUUUGAUCCCCUCGGAAUCCCCGAGAAACCACUCUUUCCGCCUCCGUACCUCGAAGCGUCGUGCGUGGACCGCCCCAUGGCGCUGCUCGCUACGGAUAUCGCGCCUUAUGUGCGCGGCAUUGUGGCGUGCGAUGCCAGGGCAGCGCGGGAGCGAGUUAAGGCGGGCAAUCUGGUGAGUGAAGGGGAAAGAGGGAAGAGGCCACGAACAACGAGGGCGGCUAUGGCGGCGCUGUGGGGUGGAGGGAGGAGAGUGAGGAGGGAGUGGUGGUUUGAGGGGGUUGGAGUGGGGGAAGUGGAAAGGACAGGGGGUGAUGGGUGGGGUGAUCUUGUUAGUGGUGGUGGUCAGGCAGAGGAGAUGGUGUGGUCGAGAGAGGGAACUGUUUGAGUCGGCAAGGUGAUGAAGGUUGAGAUAUGAUAUCAGAUCUGCUGAAGAAACUUUAUGUAUGAUUCGGUGCUGGGGUUUACUGGCUGGCUGCUUUUGGUGGAUGGAUGGGCAUUUGCAUGACUGGCCACUGAUUGGUAGUGGAUGGAGCAUUUACAACACAUAGCAUAGCAUAGCAUAGCAUA